AUGUCUUUAGGUGAGGAGACCUACUGGACUGAGAUUGACUAUUGGAGGACGGAGCAACCCGUGGUGAGAGUAGUGCGCCGACGAACGACUGCCAACAAGAAAGAAAGGAGGAGGACCCAGAGCAUUAACAAUGCCUUUGCAGAUCUUAGAGAAUGUAUUCCCAACGUACCUCCGGAUACUAAGCUAUCAAAGAUCAAAACCUUGCGCUUGGCUACCUCCUACAUUGGCUACCUAAUGGACGUACUCGGUGGCCAGGACUGUGGUGAGGGAUUCAAGGCAGAUCUCCCACCUCGCCCUCGCCUCCACACACAACCAACGAUACACCUGCAAUUUAUCCGAUGGCUGACUGCUAAUGUUGCAGAUAGGACGGGAAUCAAGAACGGCCUCAACUCGUACCAGAAGAGUAUAAAAUUCCUCAUAUGUCAACGCAUGAUCCUAGAGAACGGCAAGAAGGUGUCUCUUUGCAGAUUUAAUCGCUGCCUCCCAAAUAACAUCGAAAUGAGGAGAUGCUGUAGGAGCAAAGGUCCACUUUAUACCCGUCCAACUUAA